AUGGAGAAAAGUCGGAAGUACGAAGGCGGAAGUGGGGGUUAUAUGUGUUGUGUCGAGGCGAAGGCGGGGGGAGAGAGUGGCGAGUCCAAACGAGAGAAAAAAUCCCAUGCGGAGAACAGCGUCAACUCUCUCUCUGUCUCGGUCGAGUUUCCCCCCGCAGGCACUCUAGCACAGGAACGGGAAAAGUCUGGCGAGAUUUCAUUCGUGGGGUCCCCGCUGCCACCACAAAAAAAAAUCAAUUUCUUCUCACUUGAUGCUGUCAACCGGGCUGAACGGGCGAACAUGGACUUACAGUCUUCGCCCAACCACCGACGUGGGAUUCCUCAUCUGCAAGACGAGGGGCUCCAUGUUCCACCCACUCAGUUGGGUUUCGAGGGGCCCAAAUCUUCAUCUGCGGGAUGA